UGGAGCACUCACAGCCUCUGAAGGGAAGCUGCCCCACUGAUUGAUGGUCCUCACUGUCCGGCUGUUUUCCCUUCGUUGUAAAUUGGUUCUCCCCUUGAGGAGCUUCCUUCCGUCACACCUUCAGGUGCUUUGGAGGAUAGGUUGACCAAGAGAAGAUCCCCCCCCCCUGCACAUCCUGUCCUCUCCUCUUUAAUUGGAAUUAUAUUGUUAUGGUUAAUAUUUCCCAUGGUUUUACUCUCUUGAAUGUUGCAAGGCACCCAGACGUGGCUGUGGGGAGGUGGGAGGGCCAGGCAAGUGAAAUAAGGAACUGCUUAACAGCUGCCUCUCUUGGUCCCAAUUACAGCCGUAAGCCAAGGACUGCCUGCAGUCUGCCUGUUUUCAGGGGCCUCCGAUAGCCUGGGGGGGCUGGCUGGUUUCCCUCUGCCCUUGGGGUCUUGCUCCAGAGAGCAGAAGGCCAGGAAGUGGACAGAAGCGGCUGCUGGAUCUGAGGCUUCUUCGCUCUUCAAAUAUUGUCCUAGGGCUGCUAAUGGCUCCUCAAGGCCUGGCCAUCCCCCACCCCCACCCCCCACCCCGCCCCCAAUGCAAGAGGUUUUGGUGGGAAGAGGCUUCAGCUGCACCUUCCUAUCAGGCUGGGUGGGGGGAGGCUCCAGAAACAGCCCCUACCCUGCAGCCCCUCUUCCCGCCCUCUUCAGACCGUUGCAGGUGGAGGAGAUCCAGGCGGAAAGCGAGCUUCGUGCCCCAAGGAGUGAGGAAGGAUGGGCAAACUGGGAGACGGCGCCACCCCCGUGCACAGUGAGCACCUGCCCUUGCUGGCCAAAGCAGCCCCCAGCGCCACCUACCUGAGCCAGCAGGAAGUGGCCGAGCAGGGCAGCGCUGCCCCCUGGCCCGGACUCCGCAAAGCCCUGAUCAGCCUGCUGGGCGGCCUCUUCACCUGCAUGCUGCUUCUGGCCGUGGCCCUGCUCUUCUCCCUGCCCCGGCCUCGCCCACCCCUGGGCUGGUGGCAAAAGGCUGCCUUCUACCACCUGCCCCCGUCCUCCUUCCUGGACUCGGAUGGCGAUGGGUGGGGGGACCUGGCAGGCGUCAGGCAGCAGCUGGACCAGCUGGCAGCCCUGCCCAUCCAAGCCUUGGUGUUGGGCCCUAUCCUUGAAGGCGGAGGGGCCAACCUGACCCAGAUCGUCCCUGCCCGUGGAUCGCUGGCACAGCUGCAAGCUCUGCUGACUGACGGGCACAAGAGAGGAAUCCGAAUUCUGCUCGAACUUCCGCCUUGGGGAGAAGAGGGUGACGCAUCAGCUGAGAGCAAUCAGACAGUGAAGCUCCUCAAGGAGGCCCUACAGUUUUGGCAGUCCGAAGGCGUGCACGGUUUUUUGGUGGCCAAAGACCCUGCCUGGUGCCUCCUCACGGUAUUGAAGGCCUGGGGCGCCCUUGAUGACCGGAGGCAGAACGAUCCACGGGACGAACGGGCCCUCAUCGUGUGGGACCGGAGCGAGACCUGCGGAGCUUCUCAGGGGAUGCCCAGCAGGGUCAUCCUCACCUGCCACCUGCCAGGAACCCAGAGAAAUCUCUCUGCUCAGGCGCUGCUGCAGCUGGCACAGGGGUCCCUGCAGCCCCCUGGCACGCCGUGGCCCAGCUGGGCAGUGCCCAGGGAAUCCUCGCCCAUUGGUGGCUGGGGGGAAAUCCUUGGGGUGCUGCUCUUCACCCUCCCAGGAGUGCCACUGGUGCAAGGGGGGCCAAGUUCACCGCUUCCGCUGGAGUUCGAGCUGAUGGAAGGAAAGCGCAGGAGACCCCCGCUGGCAGCCCUGUACCAGUCCCUCCUGGAACUGCACGCAAAGUCCUUCUCCUUACAGGACACCAACUUCAGCCCUCUGCCCCUCCCCAGCCAUGCCGAGGACCUCGUGGCUUUCCUCCGGCCAGGCGCCUGCUCCAGCCUCCUGGUCAUCCUCAACCUGGGGCUGCAGCCCACCCAGCUCAGCCUGAAGGAGCUCAGCUUCUCCGGCCAGGCCAAGGUAGUGCUCAACACCCACGCCGAGCCCCAGAAAGAAGCCAGUGUGGAGAUGGUGAGGCUGGUGCCCCAGCAGGCCCUCCUGCUCCAGGUGCCCCGAGGAUACCAGCCGUGACGGGCAGCCACGGAAUUCAGCCAACCGGCAGCCCAAGGAUGAGAAAGGAGCCACACGCGGCGGCCUCUGGUGGGGUUUGGGCCGAUGCGCGUGAUGCUCCUGCCUGAAUUACCUGGCUGCUGUAAUUGCCUUCUGCAAAUCAGUAAAGUUG